CGGGGAGCCUCUUUUACUUCCACCACGUUCCGUGGUAGAUUCGUUGGUCCGUCGCUCGCGUGCGCGGUACGUUACGUGCGGUGCUUGGUUCGCGCGAGCCCGCCGAGAAGAGUACGAGGUCCGUCCCCACGAGGAGGCGAGAAGGCUCGCAACCGCCGAGCGGGUACGGAGUCAUCCAUCGGUGCCAGCUAACCCGUGCGGCCGCGAGGGCUCGAUUCAACCAGAGGUGGCCGGAAAGAGAAGGAGCGACGAAGAUGCCGGAGACCGCGCACCACAUGAACGGAUACGCGAACGGGCACACGGCGCCCGAGCUGCAGCAGGGCACCAGCUUCCUCUUCACCUCGGAGUCCGUCGGAGAGGGACACCCAGAUAAGAUGUGCGAUCAGAUAAGCGAUGCAAUCCUGGAUGCACAUUUACAGCAAGAUCCUGAUGCCAAAGUAGCCUGUGAAACCGUAACGAAGACCGGCAUGAUCCUACUGUGCGGUGAGAUCACUUCCAAAGCAGUGGUGGACUAUCAAAAAAUCGUACGCGAUACGGUUAAUCACAUUGGCUACGACGAUUCCUCAAAAGGAUUCGAUUGGCGCACGUUGAACCUUUUGGUGGCAAUUGAACAGCAAUCUCCGAAUAUCGCUGACGGGGUCCACUUGAACCGAGAAGAGAAGAACGUGGGUGCCGGUGAUCAGGGCUUGAUGUUCGGGUACGCCACCGAUGAGACGGACGAGUGCAUGCCGCUGACCGUCGUCCUGGCGCACAAGCUUAAUCAGAAGAUCGCAGAGCUGAGACGAAGCGGAGAACUCUGGUGGGCCAGACCGGACUCGAAGACCCAGGUGACCUGCGAGUACAUCAUGGACCAUGGGGCUUGCGUGCCGAUUCGCGUCCACACGGUGGUGGUGUCGCUGCAGCACAGCGAGAAGAUCACCCUCGAGGAACUGCGCAAAGCGGUAAUGGAUAAGGUCAUCAGGGACGUUAUCCCGGCAAAAUACCUCGACGACAGGACGGUGUUCCACGUUAAUCCCUGCGGCCUCUUUAUCAUCGGCGGUCCACAAAGCGAUGCCGGACUCACCGGGCGGAAAAUCAUCGUCGACACUUAUGGCGGUUGGGGUGCUCACGGUGGCGGUGCUUUCUCCGGCAAGGACUUCACCAAGGUCGAUAGAUCCGCGGCUUAUGCUGCUAGAUGGGUAGCCAAGUCUCUGGUUAAAGCUGAUCUUUGCAGGCGCUGCCUCGUACAGGUCUCCUAUGCCAUUGGCGUCGCCGAGCCGCUUUCCAUUACGGUCUUCGACUACGGCACCUCGAAGCUCUCCCAGAACGAGCUUCUGGACAUUGUGAAUAAGAACUUCGAUCUGCGUCCGGGAAAAAUCGUCAAGGAGCUGAACCUGCGCAACCCGAUCUACCAGCAGACCAGCACGUACGGUCACUUCGGGAGGGACGGCUUCACCUGGGAGCAGCCCAAGACGUUGGUCCUCGAUUGAUGAGAGGACCGGGUCUAAGCUAACUUGUCGUUUCUUAAUUUAAACAAAAGAACCUCGCAACUCCAAGUAACCGUGUAUCUCGUAACUCUCUCCCGAGGAUCGUCCCGCCCUCCGUGCUGCUCCCGGCAUAAAGAAAGGAAGGAAAAAACGGAAAAGGAAAAGACGAACGACCUGCUCGCCCGUUUCCAAGGGGGAAGACGCGCAAGCGAGAGGGAGAAAGGGAGAGACCUCGAGAGGCACCGUCGCUCUCGGUCAGGCUCAGUGAUAGACCCUGAAGUCGGCCCAUCGGGGGCGUUGAAGGACUCGUCCCUCCCUCGAGGCUCUCUCCGAUUGACCCCGUAGAUGGAGGCCCAUCUCCGGGGGAGGAUCCGGUAUCCCCCCAGGGAUGAUUCGACGCGAUCCCGAGGGAGGGGCGACCAACGGGGACCCUGAAGAGACGCGGGGCCCGUUGCCGACGUCCCCUGGAGAGAACCGGUCCUCUGAACCCUUUCGACGAGGACGUUAGAGACCCCCGCGAGUUAUUAACCAUCCGUGUACAUAUAACGUGGUGCACGUCGGCAUCGAGGCGGCGCGUCGCGCGCGGAAAUGGAGCAGCACCCGGGGGGGCAGGGCGACGGAGACGACACCGAUUUCCAUGGCGCGACCGGGACAUGCCGAAGAGCGAACCCGAUGAAGGUGUGACCCCUCUCACUCGACGGUGUCGAAACGAAUCGCCUUUACUGGCCUGCACUAGGCGGCGCACCACCGAGGAUAAACAUACAAACACGGAACGGUGUCUCGUAGCUUUUAGCGAUUUUAAUUAGUUUCUAGCCCGGCGAAUCGUCGGAGCCCGCGAGACCCUGCGGCUAUGCGUUAAAGGGGUGAUGAUGAACCUGCAGGACGUGCACGUUGGAUGGCCUUUUAUCGUCGAGUUUGCGGGUUCCUUGCUCGGGUUGCCUGCUCGAGGCUACUCCGCGUUCUUCGAGAACGCGGAGAAUGAGGGAAGCACCCGAUCGGGGACGCGACUCGGUGAUUCGGAGCGAUGUAAGAGCGUUAGGGAGAGGCAUUUAUGUUCACCGGCAUGUACGCCGGUGGACGUGUCUUCUCGGCAGGUGCGUUAAGGCGAAGGGAAACCACUCGCGUGCGUUAUUGUACAGUGCCGGAUGUGAAUAUCUUCUAUGAGACACGGUGCAUUCGGAUAUAGCACCCGUCCACUUGGGUACAUUUGUAAGGCGGAUUUAGACGCCGUUCCCGCGGUGCAACGGAGUUACAUACUGUAUUUAUAGGGAAUUACAUUUCGUGGCAGGGUCGAGCUGCGCUUCUGCGGACGCUUUGUUACCAGUAUAAUAACCCGUAGCCGGUCGAAAGCGCGGCUCGCGAAGGAGAGCCGUUGCGUUUCGUUGAUAAGGAAGGGCCUGUGCGUUUCCUUGUUAAGAAUGGUCGUUGCGUUUUCCCUCGCGAGUUUGAAACGCCACUGGUGCGGUCGUCGGGGAACGGAGGCCAAAAGCGCGAUCGAUCGAGCGACGCCGCCUGAAAAGCGUGUACAUUUAUUAAAAUGGAUCUCAAACGGGCUCGAGGUGUCCCUCCUCGAAGAGGGACUCGAGCGAGUUGUCGCUGUCGCGAAACGCGGUCACUGCCCGAGGGGCUAUUCACUCGGAGAUCAGGAAAAGUCAUGUCCUUCCGGAACUGCCGUUUGAUUUCAUGUGACGAACCGAGCGACGUUGACAUUUCCGUAAGGACAUCUCGGCGACAUCUCGAGCAUUCUGCUUGCGGUUCCCUUCGUGCCGGGUGAUCCUCUGCCGAUUUUAAGCGAUUCUUAACAAGUUCUGUCGUUACCUCCGAUUAAUUACGCGUUACAUUAUACAUUAAUGCCCGUUUUUACUCGGAAGUCGUCGUUUUACUUGGGAUUUUAUUCGUACCAAGUGAUCUUCCGUAAGUUUUACGUGUCUCUUAAUCAGUUCCAUUGUUGAUCAAUGUUGAGUCAUUUUAACCCGUUGCAUUGUAUAGGAUUGGCCAUUUACCGGGAACUCGGGCAAAGUUAUCCCUCCUCGAGAACACCGAUUUUUUUUUUAGUUAAUUCCAAUCAAUUUUAACCCCCUGAAUUGUACAGAAAUACUUAUUGUUUAAAGCAUUCAUAGCCCGCGGUUUCGCGAGUGAAUAAUCCCUCGAUCACUUGUCACGUUCGGCUACCGUUCAUUUGGACUCGCUUCUCGUCCGAAAUCUGGUUAUUAUACGUAGAAUUUUAUUGUAAACGAAGUACCACGUGCUCUCGGUGUCGAACGCCAUCGGGACGAAAUUAGAUGUGUCCGAUUGGGGGAUAAAACAAUGGGGGGUAUAAGGGGAGAUUCGCUGCGAAACAAUUGGGGGAGAGCCCAGGCUCGGAUUGCACGUGUGGCAGAGCUCGAAAGAUGAAAGAUUCUAAUUCGAAAGCCGAUUUACGCAACGCGAGGGGACUACCAAAAUGGGGGAAAGAAUAUUCCGCUGUUAGUGAGUAGCCGCGCUACGCGAACGCGGCCUAAUUGCAAUCAAUUUCCUGUCCGGCGAGUGUAAGACAGUUCACGACACUGUCUACCAUGACCAUAAUGUAAUGUUACAGGACAUCAUACACGAGACAUAAUAAACAGUGAUUUUUAAAAAA